AGAGCCGGUCCCCGCCCAAGCCGUUGUCCGGGUCCGCCGCUGGGAGACCCCGCGCCCAGAGACUCGAGGGCGUCCUGCAGCUUUGGCCGCCACCCUGCCCCCAGGGCGCCCACGUUGACCCGGGUCCCCUGGAUGAACCCACAGGGACAGAGGGACAACUCCCGGGCCUAGCCCCGAACCUGAGGACCCCCCGGGCACCGAGUCGCCGUGCGCUCGGCUGCGGAAAGCGUGGCCUCUCUGGAUCCCCGGACACUGUGAUUUCGGGUCGCGGAGGGGCGCGGGGUCAGCGCUCGAAAUUUAGAGGUUCAAACCCUCCUCUGACCUGCUCCCUAAAGACCCCAGGAAGUAGGAAGGGGAAGGCGGGGGGGGGGUCUCCGCUGCAUGCGACCCCAGUAAGUAUUGAGACUGACCGUUUGCACACUCCUCUGUGCACACGCGCAUGUUGUGUGUACGUGUGUUUACACGGGUGCACAAGUGCGUGUGUGCAAGCUGGUGUUCGGUGUGCACGUAUGUGUGUGCAUUUGUGCACUCACACGUAGGUGUUCAUGUGUGCACACGAGUUCGUAGUUUUGUGACCCUGCACAGAUGGUGUCUUUCCUGCUCUGCACUUCCCUCCCCUCCCUAAUGGAAAAAAAUCAUUUUCCCUCCAUCUCCUUUGUUGUACUGGAAUUUAGGAAAGUUAUUCUGAGCUUGUUAAAAGGAGCUUCUCCCAGUGAGUGUCACCCUAGGGAAGGGUUGAGGUUCAAAGCCAGCAGGAAAGGAAGCUGGGGACAGAGGAAGUGUGGGCAAAAGGUUUCUCCCUGAACGGGUCUAGGGGGUUUGCAGGGUUCAGGCUUCAUGGGAGGGAUGAGGACUUGGCCAGGCGUCCAGCAGGCGGAUCGCAGGGUGGGGUCUGGAGCAUGCUUUUUGCAUGGCCAGAGGCUUCUGGCUGCGUCUGGUCAAAGGGUCUUUGCAGUUUCCAAAAGGCAUUUCUGCUUUGUUGUUAACAAAACUGAAAGAGACAGCAUAGGCCCCUCAUCCCAGUUCUCUGUGAAAGGGUCACCACACAGAGCCAUCGGAGCCCAGGUCUGGGGUUCAGCUCUAAGCUCCAGGCCCCAAGUUCCUCCCAGUGGAAACCCAGGAGCCAUGGAUGCUGUAGAACCGGCCCGAAAGCUCCAAGAGGAAGCCACGUGCUCCAUCUGCCUCGACUACUUCAGGGACCCAGUGAUAACUUCCUGCGGUCACAACUUCUGCCUCAUAUGCCUCCGGACAAACUGGGAGAAGGCAAAAGGCAAGAAAGGAAGGAGAAGGCAGAAGGGGGUCUUCCCCUGCCCCGAGUGAAGGGAGAUGUCGCCCCAGCAGAACCUGCGGCCCAACCGCCUGCUGACCAAGGUGGCUGAGAUGGUGCGGCAGCAUCACAGGCUGCAGGAACGGGACCUGUGCCCUGCACACCAGGAGCCCAUCAAGCUGUUCUGCCUGGAGGACCAGAGCCCCAUCUGCGUUGUGUGCAGGGAGGCGCAGGAGCACCGUGAGCACAGGGUGUGGCCUGUGGAGGAAGCCCUGCGGGAGCACAAGUUGAAGCUGGAGGAAGACAUAGGGUAUCUGCAGGAGGAGGUGAGGAAGACGGAGAAGCUGCAAGCCAAGGAGGAGCAGACCUUAGCCCAAUGGCAGGACAGAGUGAAGGAUCGGAGGCAGAGGAUCAUGGCGGAGUUUGAGAAGGUGGCCCUGUUCCUGGCAGAGGAGGAGCAGAGACUCCUCCAGGCCCUGAAGAGGGAGGAGGAGGAGACAGCAGUGCAGCUUCGAAAUAGCAAGGCUGCCCUGGACCAGCAGCUCCGCUCCCUGGACUUGCUGCUGCUGCAGCUGGAGGACUGGAGCCUGCGGGAGCCUCUGCAGAUGUUGCAGGAUAUGAAGGACACCCUGACCAGGAAGCACAGCCUGAGCGUGCAGUGCCCAGAGGUGGCCGUCAGGACUGUGUGCAGGGUUCCUGGGCAGAGAGACGUGCUUGGGGGCUUUCAAGGUGAGUGCGGCCUGGGGCCUGGGGCCCUCAUGAUGCCCUGCCCCUCCCCCAGGCACCACACACCCAUGGGGCCUUGCGUUGCACUGCCUUUCCUGGGGGAAAGGGUGCCUGGGGAGAUGGGGACCAGAGGGGCCAUUCCGUCGCUAGCUGCCAUCUGCCUCAACACCUCUGACCCUGACUGGCCCCACCUUUUCGCCUGUCACCUGUUCCUCUUCGGAGGAAGGGCUGCCAGGCCAGACCCCACCUUGGCAUACCCCUACCUCCCCCUGUAUGAGAGCCGCCAACGGCGCUACCUCAGCCCCCUGCCUGAGGGCAGCACCACCGCUGAUUGUGGCAGGGACCCAUCCCUGGCCUUCCCCUGUGCUGUGGGCCAGCAGAGCUUCUCAGGGAGGCUCUGCUGGGAAGUGGGUGUGAACCUCCUCGGGGAUGCGCUCUGGGCCCUGGGCAUGUGCAGAGACAACAUGAGCCAGAAGGACAGGAUGCCCAAGUCCCCCGAACACGGGCUCUGGGUGAUACAGCUGUCCAAGGGGAAGCAGCUGCUGCCCUGGGCACCCACCACCAUGCCCAUCACGCUGACCGAGCCUCCCAGCCACGUGGGCGUCUUCCUGGACUUCGAGGCCGGCGAAGUGUCCUUCUACAGUGUGAACGAUGGGUCCCAUUUGCGUACUUACUCCCAGGCCGCCUUCCCUGGGCCCCUGCACCCCUUCUUCUGCCUGGGGACACCCAAGUCCGGCCAGAUGGUCAUCUCCACAGUGACUAUGUGGGUGAAGGGGUAGAGGUCAGGACUGCCAGGUCUGUGGCAUGGGAGCCAUCUGCAGCACGCAGGGGACUUUCUCCAAACAGAAUCACAAUUAAAGUGGCCAAAUGUUGAGACUACAUUGACAGGCGCUUUGUAGAAAGGCAGAAGCUCCCUAGUGGACAGAUUUCUGAAUACCCAGCUGCACCAAGCGCAGUGUGAUCUGGUUUGUUGUUGUUUUGUUGCACUGGAGACUUAACUCAAGAGCCUUUUCACUGAACUACAUCCCUUUUUACUUUGUGUUUUGAGACAGAGCCUCACUAAGUCACUGAAUUACCUUGGCUGGGUUUGGAUUUGGGAUCCUCCUGCCUCCGCUUUUCAGAACGCUGGGGUUCCAAGAGCGCACCAUCACCCUGGCACAGGGUGGUCUAUUUUUUAGCUCUGCCUCCUUGGUUCCUGGAUACCCUGGUGGACACUGAACUCUCAAAAGCUACAACUGGCCUCCCCCAGCCCCUUGAAGUUGCACAUGAAAAGCAAAAUCCAAAAGAUGCUGAGGAUAAUUGGGGGUAUCCUCUCCUGCCCCCCAGCAUACUUUCCUAAAAACACUCCAAGAGGCCCUCAGUCCCAUCACUCCAGAAGUCCAGACUAAAUGUACUUUCCUGGGCGAGGGGUUCCCACAGAAUCGUGGCAGAGGGCGCGGCCGUGGCUCCACAGCCUGGCCUGCUCCCCAAGUCGCGAGGGAGUCCGAGAACGUGGCUCCUGAGUGGGCGCGGACCGGAGGGGCAGGAGGAGGGUCCCCCGAGCUGUCCCAGCUCCCAGGGCCAGCUGCAACGCCCGGUAGCCGCGACCCACGCUCUGGGGCCGCCCGC